AUGCAACACAGGAUAUCCAAGGAGCUAAACCUGACACCUAAUCCAGCAUUCCAGGAGAGUGCAGAGAAAGGAGAUGGCUAUGUGGAUAGACAGAGUGCACCGUACAUUUGUCCAGUCAUUGGCUGUGAGAUGAAUGGUAAAUUCAAAUUCUCAUUCAUCUGGGGCUGUGGCUGUGUUAUGUCUGAGAGAGCUUUGAAAGAAAUCAAGACAAAAGUCUGCCACAAGUGUCAGAAACCAUUCACUGAGGAAGAUGUCAUUAUACUAAAUGCUCUUGAUGAAGACCUAAAUUUAAUGCAAACCCGUAUGGAAGCGAGACAAGCCAGACUCAAAUUAGAGAAGAAGAUGAAAAAAACUGCUAUCAAGCAAGAAGUAGUAGAAGACAACAUGGCUGUGAAAGCUGAAGAAACAAGAAAUGUUACCUUAAAGACGGAACCUCUUGAAAAACCAACAGUUUCCAAGCUAGCAACAAAAACUCAGAAAG